UGAUACAUAAAAUUGUAUAUGAUGAUAAAACUAUUGGUUGUUUUUUAUUUUGCUAUAAUAAUUAACAUUACUUUUGCUCAGAAUGAUCAGUUCCAUAUAAAAAGCGUAGCUACUAACGAAUUUCUACAAGCACCUGUGGGACCUGAAGCACCGUUAACAUUAGGAAAUAGUAAUACUGCUGGUACAUGGACAAUUGACCCUCCACCUGAUCCUAAUAGGGUUGUAGUUUCUACAAUUUAUGAUCAACAAGCAGACCUUUACGCGAGUGUGAAUCAAGCAGCACAAGGCGAUGAAAUAAUUGCUGUUAGUGAUUCUUAUGAAUUCAAUAUAGCUCGAACACCAGAAGGGUCUUAUGUUAUCUUCCCAAUAGGCCCAGGCUUAUUUUGGGCCUCUAAUUCCACUAUUUCCCCCCAUAUCGAACUCAUCUUCGGAAAUGAUAUCAAGGGUAAUGACGGAUUCUUUGAUAUAAUACCUGUUGUUUAAAAUAAUGAUUUCUAAUAAACGCUCUGGAGUCUCU